AUGUCACACCAGCACUUUCCUUGUGUGAUUGUUCCUGGUAGGUUUGGAGUGUUGAAGCUGCAGCAGGAGCGACCGAUGCUGUUGCAGGCCAUGCUAGUUGUAGCCUCAUGGCAGCAUAAGCCUCGCCAGAUCGCCCUGGAGAGAUUCUAUGUGAAAGAACUCGGGUUGAGAUUCUUCAAUGGCGAGCGCAACCUGGAUAUACUCCAGGGACUAUUGGUGUAUCUCGCAUGGUAUCAUUUCAACGUGACUGAGUCUGGGCAAUAUCAUGCUUAUCGGCUGGCUUCAUUAUGUGUGACGAUGAUUUAUGAUCUGGGGUUAAACAAGAAACCCCCACAAGGAACGACACAGCAUGAUCUGAUUCUAAAUUCUCAACCAGUAGCGGAGCAUAUGACACCCCAUACCCUUACAUUUUGGAGCCAUGAGGCGAGACGGGCGCUUAUCGGGGCCUAUAUUCAGUCCACACUAUGUGCAUUGAUGUGCCGGAAACAAGCGCCAAUUGCAUAUUCCACGUACAUGGAACAAUGCGCUCUCUCGUUGCAAGAGGAUAGCGAGUUUCCCACUGACAAGACUUUGGUAUAUUUCAUCAAACUGUUGCGAAUUGUGAAUGAAGUCUACAGCGUCUUUGAAUAUGGCGAUCCUGACCAUAGUCUUUCUAUGGGCGAUGACAAAGUUCAAAUGGUUGUGAAAGCCCUGGAAACCCAACUUUACUCGUGGCGGGAAAGCCUUCCGCCCGAGCUAUCUCAACAUGCACAACUUAACACGUGGGGUGACUUGGUAGGGGCGUACGCCCAUGAAAUUGGGCUUCACGGCAAUCUUCGAAACCGCCCCUUCUCUGCGACCCGGGUCAGCAUUAUGUUCGAUUGCCUGACACACGUCGAGGACUAUCUAAAGCGUGCCCUGGCAAUUUCCGUCACUGAAAUGCAGACAUGGACUGCCUUUGACUGGCGGCAGCUAACCUAUACGAUCAUGUUGGCAAGCAAAAUCUCGGUGUCUAUUGAUGCGAUUACCUCAGAUAAAGAAUCCACAGCCCGCAUUGCUCGUUUGGACUCCUAUCUUGGGGUGGUGUAUACACGAACCCAGGAGCUUUUCACCAUGACCAACACCCCACAAGGGCAAACUCAUUACUUCCAUAGCUUAUUGAAUCAGUGGAAAGGAAUUCGGAGUUGGUACCAGACAGUACUUCAAAAAAGGACUGCAGCCCAUCUCAACGAGCAAUCUAGUCGGUCCGUCGGCGAUACGUCGCUACAGGCUCCGAACGAUACUUCCAGCCAGCUCCAAGAUACUGCUUUCCGACCUCCGCAGACUUUGGAUUCUUGGCCUGAUGAUAACUUUGGAAUCUUACCGAUGUCGACUGCUGACUUCAUGAUGCUCGAGUCUCUCGAAUACCCCUGA